CCCGGCCAGCCAUCUUGAAUUACUGAACAAAAAAAAAAAAAAAAAAAAAAGAAAAAAAGGAGGGGGGGCGAGAGAGCGAGAGGGGGAGAAGGAAAAAAAAAAGGCGAGACGGUGGGACGAACAGAAACGAGGAGACCGUACCAGGGCAGGAGGGGAACGAGGCCGAACAAACGCGGCAUGCCGGGCAGCCCACCCGCGAGGAUUCGCACCGCCGACGGGGGAGUGAGUCUAACGGCGAAACAACAAUAAACGGCAACGGCCCCCCUCCGCCAUUCGUGAAGAGAGAGAGCGAGAGAGAGAGAAAGAGAUAUCCGACAAAGACGGCGGACGGACGGACAGGCGGGAGAGAGAAAAAGAAACGAGGCCCAUGGCGCGAGCAGAAAUGGGCAGCAGAGGUUGAGCUCCCCGAGUGGCGCCCACUCCGACGGCGAGGGACGGCGGGCAGGCCCCCCCCACCCCUUGCACAAGUGCCAUUCUCACCCCCUGCUAUAGGGGGCAUCCCCCGCCAUGCCGUCAAAUGCGCGGGCAGGAAGCCUGAAGGACCCAGAAGUGGCUGAACUUUUUUACCGCGAUGACCCAGAGAAGCUCUUUGCUGACCUGCGAGAGAUCGGGCAUGGUAGCUUUGGCGCAGUCUACUUUGCCCGGGAUAUCCGCAACAAUGAAGUCGUUGCCAUCAAAAAGAUGUCCUACAGUGGGAAGCAGUCCAAUGAGAAAUGGCAGGACAUCAUCAAAGAGGUGAAAUUUCUUCAAAAGCUGCGCCAUCCAAACACUAUCGAGUACAGAGGCUGCUAUCUCCGGGAGCACACAGCAUGGCUCGUCAUGGAGUAUUGUUUAGGAUCUGCUUCCGACCUGCUGGAGGUUCACAAGAAACCUCUCCAGGAAGUGGAAAUUGCUGCUAUUACCCAUGGUGCACUGCAAGGUCUGGCCUACUUACACUCCCACAACAUGAUUCACAGAGAUGUAAAGGCAGGAAAUAUUCUGCUGACAGAACCAGGUCAAGUAAAACUUGGCGAUUUUGGCUCUGCCUCCAUCGUUGCUCCUGCCAACUCCUUUGUGGGUACUCCAUAUUGGAUGGCCCCUGAAGUGAUUUUAGCAAUGGAUGAGGGCCAGUAUGAUGGGAAGGUGGAUGUCUGGUCAUUGGGUAUUACCUGCAUUGAGCUUGCUGAGCGGAAGCCACCACUGUUCAACAUGAACGCAAUGAGUGCCUUAUACCAUAUCGCCCAAAAUGAGUCCCCCAUGCUGCAGUCCAAUCACUGGUCUGACUACUUCCGAAACUUUGUGGAUUCCUGUCUGCAGAAAAUCCCUCAGGACCGGCCCACCUCUGAGGUGCUUCUAAAGCACCGGUUUCUGAUGCGAGAACGGCCAAUGUCUGUAGUAAUGGAUCUUAUCCAGAGGACCAAGGAUGCAGUAAGAGAGCUGGACAAUCUGCAGUAUCGGAAGAUGAAGAAGAUCUUAUUCCAGGAGACGCACAAUGGGCCUGCUCCUGAUGGCCAAGAGGAGGAAGAGGAGGUGGAACCCUACGCAUUGCGGACAUGCACAGUAAAUAGUAUGGAAAGUUCCCACUCUGUGCCCAGUAUGUCCAUUAGUGCCAGCUCUCAGAGCAGUUCUGUCAACAGUUUGGCGGAUGCCUCAGAUGAUAGUGGGGAGAUUGCAAUGAUGCAGGAGGGAGAGCACACCGUGACAUCCAACAGUUCUGUUAUACACCGGCCUCCGGGUCAUGACAACAUUUAUGAUGACCCAUACCAGCCGGAGAUGGAAGCCCCACAGGCAUCUUCAGCUGCCAGGCGUCGCGCGUAUUACAGAAACAGAGAUCAUUUUGCUACAAUUAGGACGGCGUCUUUGGUGACUCGCCAAAUCCAGGAACAUGAGCAAGGCUCUGCUCUGAGGGAACAAAUGUCUGGCUACAAGCGAAUGCGACGCCAGCAUCAGAAACAGCUGAUGGCCCUGGAGAACAAGCUGAAAGCUGAGAUGGAUGAGCAUCAACUCAGGUUGGACAAGGAGCUUGAGACCCAGAGAAACAAUUUUGUUGGAGAGGCAGACAAGCUGGGCAAAAAGCACCAGGCAAUACUGGAGAAGGAGACUAAAGCUGCAUACACAGAGGAGAAGAAAUUUCAGCAGCACAUCCUUGGCCAGCAGAAGAAAGAGUUAACUGGCUUGUUAGAGUCACAGAAGCGACAGUACAGGAUGCGUAAGGAGCAGCUCAAAGAGGAGCUGCAGGAAAAUCAGAGCACGCCAAAGCGUGAGAAGCAGGAAUGGCUGUUGAGGCAGAAGGAAACCAUGCAACACUACCAAGCUGAGGAAGAAGCCAAUCUGCUUCGUCGCCAAAGGCAGUACUAUGAGUUGCAGUGUCGACAGUAUAAGAGAAAGAUGCUGCUGGCCCGCCACAACCUGGAGCAGGACCUGUUGAGAGAGGAACUGAAUAAAAAGCAGACCCAGAAAGACCUGGAGUGUGCAAUGCUGCUUCGACACCACGAGUCCACACAGGAGCUGGAGUUCCGACACUUGAGCACCGUGCAGCGCACUCGUGCAGAGCUCAUCCGGCUGCAGCAUCAGACAGAACUGAACAACCAGCAGGAGUAUAACAAGCGUCGGGAGCAGGAGCUGCGGCAGAAGCACGCUGUGGAAGUGAGGCAGCAGCCGAAGAGCCUUAAAUCCAAAGAGCUCCAGAUUAAGAAGCAGUUCCAGGACACCUGCAAGAUCCAGACUCGCCAGUACAAGGCACUGCGUAACCAUCUGCUGGAGACGACGCCCAAGUGUGAUCACAAGAACAUCCUCAAGCGGCUAAAGGAGGAGCAAACGCGCAAGCUGGCUAUCUUGGCAGAGCAGUAUGACCACAGCAUCAAUGAGAUGCUCUCCACACAAGCGCUCCGUCUUGAUGAGACUCAGAUGUCCGAGUACAAAAUCUUAGGCCUGCAGCUGCAGCAAGAGCUCGAACUGCUCAACGCGUACCAGAGCAAGAUCAAGAUGCACACGGAGUCACAGCACGAGAGGGAGCUGAAGGAUCUGGAGCAGCGCGUGUCCAUCCGGCGAGCUCUGCUCGAACAGCGGAUUGAAGAGGAGAUGCUGGCCCUGCAGAAUGAGCGCCGGGAGCGCAUCCGUAUCCUGCUGGAACGCCAGGCGCGUGAAAUUGAAGCCUUUGACUCGGAGAGCAUGCGCCUGGGCUUCAGCAACAUGGCACUCACUGGCAUCCCAGCGGAGGCCUUCACCCAAGGCUACCAGGCGCCUCCCCAGGGCUGGCCUUCACGGCCCGUGCCCCGCAGCGGUUCACACUGGAGCCACGCAGUGCAUCCACAGAACAGUGGUGCACCCCACUCCUGGAGGCAGGCCCCAGCCAUGGGAACCAGCGAGCCACCAUCACAGUGUCCACUCACACAGCAGCCCACAGCCCCCUCAGCACCCACAGCUCAUCUUCGGUGGGAGGCGGUGGCCUCGGUGGGACCCGGCAGAGAAGGGAGUUCCAGCGGCGGGACUCCCUGGGGUCCUCAGCACAGCUUGCAGAGCUUGGCACUUCCGUCUCCGGCUCCAGGUGGGCAGUAACCUGGGUGGCAUCGGAACACGUGGGACCAGUAUGCUGGCUCUGCGCAACAGCCCCCAGCCCCUGCGCAGGACGGCAUCUGGGGGAGCGGGGUAACCCCGGAGGAGCAAGGUAUCAGCCGCAGCACAUCGGUCACCUCGCAGAUCCUCAACGGCUCCCAUCUGUCCAUACUCGUAAGACCUGCAGAGUUUUUUGUUUGUG